GUGAGUUCGAGCUGAUAAAGAAUUCUGGCUUUCUGCUACCUCCAUUUCCAUCAGGGACAUCACUCUGUCCAAUUUUGUGUCCCACACUGGUCCUGGUUGCUUCAUCCUGCCAUGGCCCUCCAGGCUCAUACCCUGGCACUGCUGGUAAUGACCAUUGCAACUGCCAUUGCCAUCAAGGUGGUGCCCCUGGACAUGGCCCGAGAUUCCUUCGAUGACCAAUACCGGGGCUGCGGCCCUGCCAUGAUCACGGCUCUGCCAUCCCUCUACGGCUUCGAGUACCAGAAGAAUCCUCACUUUGCCUGGGGUUGGGUAAAGGCCGAGGCUGAGUGGCGCAAGCGGGGCUCUCGUGUGUCCCCUCUGGCAUCCCCAGCCCAGGCCGUCGCUGUCAUGGCCUACACAAUGAAGUACCUCUACAAGGAGUUCAACACUGCUGUGCGCACAGCCGGGCACUCCCGCCAGGAAUACCGGAACAACUUCCACUUCAAAAUGUUGCAUUUCCUGCUGACCGAUGCACUAGGGACACUGAGGCACACUCAGAACGGGCAGUGUCGCCACGUGUACCGGGGCGUGCGUGAUGUUCAUUUCAAGACACGGCGUGGCCAGAGGGUCCGGUUCGGUCAAUUCACAUCGACAUCACUGAGCAAAGAAAUUGCCCAAAAAUAUGGAACAGACACCAUAUUCGAGGUUCACACGUGCCACGGUGUGGACAUCCAGGCUUUUUCCUAUGAUCCUAGCAACCGCGAGGUGCUGAUCCCACCCUUUGAGACCUUCAAGGUCACCAAAGUCACCCAGAAUGGGAAGAAGACAAGGAUCAGUCUACGCUCCACUGGGACCUUCAGCAAACACAACUGCGCAUGGCUGUGAGGUGAUGCCAGAGAGGAAUGCCUGGGGUGAUGGGGAUUCCCACUCUGGACCUGGAGACACCAAAGAUAUGGCUCAGGGGACAAUGAUACUUACUUGGCAUUGGGGACAAGGACACCCAGAGUGUGUGGGGGGAGAAGGACACCCAGUGCUGGUGUCAUCAAAUCUGGGGGCAUCUGUUGUGGGCACGAGGGCACGAACAUCCAUGACAGGGCACAGAGGUGAGGAUUCCCACUUCAGGGAGGGACAGAGACAGGAACACCCCUGCCAGGGGAGGACAGAGACUGGGCCCCACACAUACUGACCCUGUCCCUCUCUGCCAAAUCAGUGCUGUUGGGAUGGGUGGGCCACGACCCAUGGUGUGCUGGAUGUGGGUGGGCCAUGACCCCCCACAGCACAACCUCAAACCUUGUCACCCCCUGUCAACUCCCAUGGCACCCCUUGACUCCCUCUGACCCCUGUCAUCUCUAAGCCCACCUUGACCCUGCUGACCUACCUAGCCCCUCUACCCCUAAUGCCCCCGCACCCACGACAUCCUGUCUCCUGUCACCUCAUGGCCCUCAUCUCUCCUGCCACCCCUAAGCCCCCAUUUUUCCUGUUCCAAACCUGCUCACUCCCCACAUGGUCUCCCAUUAUGCCCCUUUUUGUCCCCCAGGUGGGAGAGUCCUCAGACAUCCUUGUCACCGCCAGGGAUUCCUCAUGGCCAUCACAGCCCUGGCAGGAGCCAUCAGGAUCCUCUGAGCUCUAGGCCACCAAGGUCACCAAGGGCACUGUGGUCACUGGGGUGACCACAGCCUCCAUGAUCAUCAAGGCUCCCUGUAUCAAGGCUGUCGCAGCCACUGCAACAACUGUGCACACCAAGGUCACUGUGCAAAGCAAUUCUAAAAAAUAUUCAAUGACAAUGAUUUGAUUAAAGAAUUCUGACAAAGCCAGCAAAAUGUGACAAUUCUUAAGCAGGGCUAGAUAUCACUCGACAUCAUGUCUGAUCACUCUGACCAUCAUGUCUGGACAGUUCUGACCUUCACGUUGACUGCUCUAACCAGAGAACAGAUGACAGGGACGUUGCUGGUGAAAGAGAUAACAAGGACAUUAUUAGUGUAAGAAGGAUAAUUGAGAAGA